AUGGAACUACUGCUUCGUGCCAAGUGUUUUCAGCACUUGGCAAUCCCUGGUUCUGUGAGAGCAUUAUAUAAGGAUUACAGAACACUAACCCCUCAGAAUUUCUCCAAUUAUGAAUCCAUGAGACAAGACUUCAAAGUGGAGGUCCCAGAAUAUUUCAAUUUUGCCAAAGAUGUUCUGGAUGAAUGGACCAAGGCAGAAAAGGCUGGAAAAAGGCCUUCCAACCCGGCAUUUUGGUGGAUAAAAGGAGAUGGAGAAGAAGUGAGAUGGAGUUUUGAGGAACUGGGAUCUUUGUCCAGGAAAUUUGCCAAUAUACUGACAGAAGCCUGUGCCCUUCAGAGGGGAGACCGAGUAAUUACAAUCCUGCCCCGGAUCCCAGAGUGGUGGCUUGCAAAUGUGGCCUGUCUCCGAACAGGGACCGUUUUAAUUACAGGAACCACACAACUAACACAGAAAGACAUCCUCUACAGAUUACAACUGUCCAAAGCCAAGUGCAUUAUCACCAAUGAUGCUUUGGCCCCAGCUGUGGAUGCCAUUGCACCUAUCUGUGAAAAUCUGCGCUCCAAGUUAAUCGUGUCUGAAAACCCCAGAGAGGGGUGGGGGAACCUCAAGGAGAUGAUGAAGCAUGUCAGUGACAAUCACACGUGCGUGAAGACAAAACACGAUGAGGCGAUGGCCAUUUACUUUACAAGUGGGACCAGCGGGUCCCCUAAAAUGACGGAACACACCCACACCAGUUUCGGCUUAGGAUUAUCUGUGAACGGAAGGUUCUGGCUGGAUCUGACACCUGAGGAUGUGAUGUGGAACACCUCAGACACUGGCUGGGCAAAGUCUGCAUGGAGUAGUGUCUUCGCUCCGUGGACCCAGGGAGCGUGUAUAUUUGCACAUUAUUUGCCUCAUUUUGAGCCAGCCACUAUCUUGCAAACACUCUCCAAGUUUCCCAUCACCGUCUUUUGUUCUGCUCCGACUGCAUACCGAAUGCUUGUGCAGAAUAAUAUGAGUAGCUACACAUUCAAAAGCUUAAAGCACUGUGUGACUGCUGGAGAACCCAUCAACCCCGAAGUGACUGAGCAAUGGAGAAACAAGACGGGCCUGGAUAUCUAUGAAGGAUACGGACAGACUGAAACGGUGCUAAUCUGUGGGAAUUUUAAGGGAAUGAAAAUUAAGCCCGGCUCAAUGGGAAAGCCUUCUCCUGCUUUUGAUGUUACGAUUGUAGAUGUAAAUGGCAAUGUUUUACCUCCUGGGCAAGAAGGAGAUAUUGGAAUUCAAGUUCUGCCUAACCGACCACUUGGCCUUUUUACAGGCUAUGUAGAUAAUCCUUCAAAAACAGCUUCAACACUUCGAGGCAGUUUCUAUAUCACCGGGGACAGGGGGUAUAUGGAUGAAGAUGGGUAUUUCUGGUUUGUUGCAAGAUCAGAUGAUAUCAUAUUAUCCUCUGGCUACCGAAUUGGCCCAUUUGAAGUCGAAAGUGCCCUGAUUGAGCAUCCAGCGGUUGCAGAAUCUGCAGUUGUCAGCAGCCCAGACCCCAUCAGGGGAGAGGUAGUGAAGGCUUUUAUCGUUCUGAAACCUGAUUAUAAGUCACGUGACCAAGAACAAUUAAAAAAGGACAUUCAGGAACAUGUGAAAAAAACUACAGCACCUUACAAAUACCCAAGGAAGGUAGAAUUUAUUCAAGAGCUGCCAAAGACUGUCAGUGGGAAGAUAAAAAGAAAUGAACUAAGAAAAAAAGAAUGGGAAACAAUCUAA